AUGUCAGAUCAUCAAACUCAUACUGACUCUUCUAGUUUUUCUGACUCUGGAACCACAGGUGUUCCAUCAUCGGAUCAACUCAUUGCCUUUGAUGUGAAUUGCUUUAUGAUACACAUUCUUGUGGAAGAGGUGCAAGCUACGUUCUUCGCAUUGCGGGAGAAACAGUUCCCUUACAUGGGAUCUGUGUGUUCUAAGCGAAUUCAGGAUCGCAUUCAGCAGCUACUGCCUGUCGAAUAUACUGUAGUGGUGGAGGGUGCAUACGAACGCUCAUGGGGUCUUUUCCUAGAAAGAGAUGCCGGAAUUCUCUGUUACCUUCAUGAAAAUUGUACAAGGGAAGCUGUGGGAUGGAUGAUAGCCCCUGGUUCUCUAAGGUGCUUUUUGUCUACCGAAGAACUGCACCAUGUGAAAGACGCCGACGAGCAGCUGGGAUGUCUUGUGCGUGAAAAAUGUACGAAGGAAUUGGAGGGUGUUUGUCGAAAUCUUCUGAUGGAAGUUAUGUUUACGACAUGGCGCGGUGUAGACUUUUUGAAUGGUUGCCAAACCGUGUUGGAGUUGUGCGAUAUUGGCAAUCUCUCAUUCUGGAAGUCGCUGCUGGAAAUUAUGUGGGUUCGCCCAAGGGAAGGCAGUAGUGUGCGUCUUCGCGAUAUUGAGCGUGGGUGUCAACAGCUUGCUUUCCACGUGCGUGUGCGCUGCAGAUGGACGGAGCUGCUCGGCAACGCCCUUCUGGUGAAGUAUGUGUACAAGAGUGUACUUCGCGUGCUGCUAAAUGCGAAUCCACCAGCGAUGGAGCCGGGCGCUGGUUGCGUGCGUGAGGUGCCUGUGGGGUCGCUGCUGUUAUGCAGGCAUGGUUCAGCAGAUGAGGUGAUCGUGACCCUCACGGGAACAAAUCGGUGGGGCCGAAUUCCAAGUAUCCCAGAAGAUGUGGUUCGGCAAAUUGAGUGA